AGGGAGAGACCCGAGAGCGGAAGAAGAAGAAGAGGAAGAAGCGGAAGAUAAACACAGGAAUGGCGGACGGGGGCGCCGGGGCGACCGCUAAAGCGAAGCGGCGGGAACAACUCCAGCGCUGGACCGGCUCCACCACCGACCGGGAGCCGGCCGCGCCGCGCCGCCGGAGACGCCGCAGCGAGAGCCGGGAGCAGCAGCAGCAGCAGCAGCAGCAGCGGGGUGAGGGUGAGGCGGAGGCGGGCGAGGAAGCGGCGCAGAGCCGCCGAGGCCGGGACGCUGUCAGCGGCAGCAAGCGCAGGAAAACCCGGCGCUCUGUCCGGUUCGACCGCGCCGCGGAGUUCCUCGCCGCCUGUGCGUGCGGGGACACCGAGGAGGCCGCGGAGAUGCUGCGGGAGUGCGAGAGCGGGGGAGCGGGAGAGGAGGGAGGAGGAGGAGGAGGAGGAGGCGGCUCCGUUAUCAACAGCACCAACGCGGAUGGGAUCAGCGCUUUGCACCAGGCGUGUAUCGAUGAGAAUCUCGAGAUGGUUCACUUCCUGGUGAGUCACGGCGCCGCGAUCAACCAAUCAGACAACGAGGGCUGGACCCCCCUGCAUGUGACAGCUUCCUGCGGACUACUGGAGAUCACAGAGUUCUUGUUGCAGCAGGGGGCGCUAGUGAGCGCAGUGAACUGUGACGGAGACAUUCCGCUCGACAUCGCCGAGGAUGAAGCGAUGGAGAGGCUGCUGCAGGACCAUGUGACCAAGCAAGGAGUUUGA